AUGCAGGUGAGGAACGAGCACCUGCGCAACGCGGCCUGCACUUGCACCUACCUGCACGGAGGCCGCGCCCAGCGAGCAGCGCCCGCGCGCGGCGGUCCGCGGCCCCUGCCUGGGGCCCGCCUCCGCCCCCGCGCCAGGCGCCGGCGGCCCGCGCACGCCGCGCCGCCGCCCGUCGACGCCGACCGCCUGGCGGCGCUGGACAGCGCGGAGCUCGUGCAAUUGGUUCAACUGUACGCUGACGAGAACGGCGCGCUGCGGCGCGAGAACGCGGAGCUCUUCUCCACGCGCGAGCUGCUGCUGCGCGACCAGGAGCUGGUGUGCCGCGAGAACGAGCGCCUGCUGCGCAAGCUCGAGGACGUCAACUCGGUGUGCUGUCGGUCGCCCAUCAUCCCCGCGCGUCCUACCUACUCGGCCGAGAUGCUCAACAUGUCGCUGAGCGGCAGCGGGGACUUCGACGCCGGCGCCAGCGCCUCCACCAACGUCUGGACCAACAGCAGCCACCUCAACGGAGGCGCGCUGCCCGGCCCGCGCUUCAAGCAAGACAUCCUGGAGGGUCGCAAGUCGGCGCGGCCGCCUCACCGACUGCCUGACUCCAUCCAGAAGGAGCUGGAGCGACGCCGCAUCGGCACCAGCAUGACGAACAUCGCAGAUAACUACCGUGAGCGCAGCCACCGCCGCCACAACUCGUGGGAGAACGGGCCGGGCAGCAAGGAGCAGCAACCGCCCGGCAGCGCGGCGUCGGCCUCGUCGACGGCGUCCGUGGCGUCCGUCUCCGCCGCCAGCGCCUCCACGGCAGGCAGCCGCAAGCUCCCGCACGCUCAUGAAGCCCCGCUCGCGAUUUACAGGACUGACCAAUGUGAUAAUGGUACAACUCUGACAAUGAGAAGCACGCUGCAGCGUACACAGAAAACCACUAUACAUCUUACCCUCUUUGAAAGAUACAGUUUGCAAACUUAUGAAGUGACCUAA